AUGAAAGUUUUCGCAAAUAAUGUGUGUGGAUCUGAUUCCUUUAAAAUGCCCACCCUAAAAUCACUUAAAUCCUUUGCCAAAACGAGAGUACCGAUUUUGCGAUGGGCUCCCCAAUACACUACCAAAAAACUAAUCAGCGACUGCAUCGCCGGUUUCACAGUUGGUCUCACAGUGAUGCCACAAGCCUUGGCUUAUGCCACCUUGGGAGGUUUAGAACCACAAUAUGGUUUAUACUCGGCCUUUGCUGGUUGUUUUAUAUACACAAUUUUCGGCAGUAUAAAAGACAUAACCAUAGGACCCACUGCCCUUAUGGCCCUCAUGACCUACCAACAAGUAAUAGGAAGAAAUUCUGACUACGCCAUACUAUUAUGCUUCCUUACAGGAGUUGUUCAGCUGAUAAUGGCUGUUUUACAUUUAGGUGUUCUGGUAGAUUUUAUUUCCAUACCGGUAACAGUAGGAUUUACUUCUGCGACGUCUGUGAUAAUCGGUAGCUCUCAAUUGGGCAGCCUGCUAGGCAUUCCUAUAAAGUCCAAUCAGUUUUUUGAGACCAUGACCAAAGUUGUGCAGAAUAUACAUUUGACUAGAUUGACUGAUUUUGGCCUUGGGGUUGGAUGUAUUGUAGCGCUUUUACUAUUAAGGAAACUAAAAGACUUAAAAGUCCACAAAAAAGGCACCAAACCAACAAAAACCCAAAGCACCCUUAACUACACCUUAUGGUUAAUUUCCACGUCACGUAACGCCCUGGUUGUAAUACUAUGCAGUACUGCAGCUUAUCUAUAUGAAGCCUACGGAGGAGGGUCACCAUUUAGGCUCACUGGAAAUGUUAAAUCUGGAUUGCCUGAAUUCAAGGUGCCCCCUUUUACCACUAUGCUGAACAACAGUACCAAAACAUUUCCGGAUAUGUUGAGUGAUUUGGGAAGCUCUGUAUUUCUGGUUCCCAUUAUUGCUGUGCUAGGAAAUGUGGCUAUUGCAAAAGCUUUUGCUAGUGGUGAAAUAAUAGAUGCAACUCAAGAAUUGUUAACACUUUCAUUUUGUAAUAUCCUGGGUUCCUUCUUCUCAUCCAUGCCAGUCACUGGAUCGUUUUCCAGAUCCGCAGUGAACCAUGCCAGUGGUGUGCAAACCUCCUUUGGAGGCGUUAUUACAGGAGUGAUGGUUCUUCUAGCCCUAGCAUUUCUAACCCCCUAUUUCGCCUACAUUCCAAAAGCCUCCCUAGGCUCAGUCAUAGUCUGCGCCGUCAUUUUUAUGAUUGAAUAUGAAGUUAUCAAGCCAAUGUGGCGAUCGAGUAAAAAGGACCUAGUUUCAGCGUUUGCCACUUUUAUAGUUUGCCUGGUUAUUGGGGUGGAGUAUGGAAUUUUAGUCGGGGUUGGCAUUAACAUUGUGUUUUUGUUGUAUCCUUCAGCAAGGCCUGGAGUUCAUGUAGAAAAAUGCACGACUCCAGGAAGAAAAGACUACAUUCUAAUAACACCAGGCAACGCCUUAUAUUUCCCUGCAAUCGAUUUCAUAAAAACCAGUAUAGCGCGGGCAGGAGUGGCUUCUAAAAAUCUACCAGUAGUCAUUGAUUGCCAAUUUAUUCUAGGGGCUGAUUUUACAGCAGCCAAAGGUAUUGCGGCUCUGAUAAAUGAAUUUUCCACUAGGCGGCAGCCUUUAUAUUUUCUGAAUGCCCGUUUGGAAGUGGUUGCAGUGUUCCAAGGAGUAAUGUCUGAAGAUUUUGUUUAUUUCAAUUGCAAGACUAAACUUGAACAUAUGAUUGAAGAAGGCGCCAUUAUUCCAGAAGAACAAGAAAAUUUGCUGACGUUUGAGUUUGAUAGCAGCUUAUCUAGAACUGUGGAAUUGAAGGAAAUCGCAUGUGAUAAUCACAGCUCUGUAAUACUUCGGAAACAUUCCACAUUCAAUUCUGAAAACACGUAGAUUUAGGCACAAUUAGAGCAUUUUACACUCGAAAAUUGAUAGAAAUUUUACUACUCUCUAUAAUCAUGACAUUAAUAAUUAAUUUGUUUUUUUUGGUUAAAUGUUUCAGUAUUGUACUGGAUGUCAGUAUUAUUUAUUUUGUACAUUAAUUCAAUAAAACGAUAAAUAUUUAA